AUCUCUUGUAAAUUCAAGAAGGAGGUCUACGAAAGAUUCGAGGAAAACAAGUACUACGUGACUGGAGUCUUGGCAUCUUUGGUGAUCUUUACAACUUUGUAUCUGUGGUACUCCCAAUACCAACAGAGACAGUCCAAGAUUAGAGAGGUUUCAGCAGUGAUUAUCUCCAAGUUGCAAAAACAACAGAGAGAUGCUAUCAAUGACACUACUGGAUUGACUAAUAGGUACCUGAGCACAAUUCAGCUUCGUGAUGAAUUAUUGGCACAGGUCAGAUCGAAGGAAAAGUUCAACAUUUGGGCUUCAAUCCUUUCACAAGUUGAGAAGAAUUCCAAUGUUAGAUCGUCUUCCAAAGAGAUCCACGGUGACAUUGUGAGGGUGCUGGAAUGGAUCGGGGAAUAG